AUGGCGGCUGUGCACCCAGCUCUUCAGGAAGCUGGGAGAUUGGUGGUUCCUCUGUAUAAGACUAUGGAAACGAGAUGGGUCUUUUUAUUGGUAGCAGCUGACACAGCAGCGAAAGCUUGGCUAUACAAGGCUGUGGUGGAGACAAGGCCUUGGGAAGACGCAUCUCUCAAAGUGGUUUAUGUUGAGUUGCCCCAGAAGAUGGUCAAGAUGCACAAGUUAAUACUUUUCCUUGGAAUAUGCGCGGCUUUCGUUUUAGGCAAUAAGCUGCCAGAACAUACUGAAACACCUGCUAAAGAUUGUGGAAAAAUAGUUGGUUGCUUCUAUCAAACAGGCCAUCCAAAUGGUAAGGGAUACGCGUUACAAAUAAAGGACAUCGAUGUGUCUCUCUGCACUUAUAUUUACUACGCAUUAGUUAAACUUGGUGCAGAUGCUUCUGUUGACAAUCGCGAUGCACAUGCAGAGAAAUAUGGAGGACUUAAAGAUUUCAACGACCUUCGAAAAAAGCAUAAAAAUCUUAAACUCAUAGGUACAAUGGGGGACAUAUUCACUGUUAACAAUAAAUUACUCACUGAUGAGUCUUUGCGUGAAAAACUUGCCAAUAAUGUUUACGACUACGUGAUAAAAUAUGGAUUUAGUGGUAUGGACAUCGACCAUUCAGACCUACCUCAACAUGGCGGAAAUCCCCCUGAUAAGAAAUAUUUCGUUUUAUUCUUGAAGGCACUCAAGAAAAGAUUCGAUAAAAAACGACUCAUUUUGUCAGUCUCAGCUACUCCUUAUGUAUAUGAUUCGGACAUACUAUACGAUGUUAUGGGAAUAUCGAAAUAUGUGAACUUCAUAAAUUUACAGACUUUCAUUUUUCACGCAAACGAUGAUUGGACCAAGGCAUCUGGUGUUGGUCAUUCUACUCCGAUGUAUCAGGCACGAAAGGAAAAUGCGGAGGAUCGCAAGCUAAACAUUGAUUACGUUGUGAAAUAUUGGAUGAGCAAAGGUGCUCCAGCAAACAAGUUAAUACUGGGAACUGCUUAUACCACAUUAUCCUAUACAUUGGCUAACCCAAAACAAUUUGGUAGAGGUGCACCAUUUACUAAGAAAGGGAAAUAUGAUGGCUUUAUUAAACAUUUACAAUUAUGUAACUUGAUAAAGAAAUGGACAUAUUUCUUCGACCCGGAACAGAAAGUUCCGUAUAUUCACCAUAAAGAUCAAAUCAUUGCCUAUGAUAAUGUUCAAUCUAUCAAGGUGAAGGCUCAAUACGUUAAGGACAAGCAUCUUGCAGGUGCCAUGGUGUUUGAAAUAGGUGAUGAUGAUUUCAGUGGAGAUUGUGGAGAGAAAUUUCCCUUUCUAAAGACUUUAAACCAAGUUCUUCAAAUCGUUAUUUGCGGCUAUCAAGCAGGCCAUCCAAAUGGUAAGGGACACGUGUUACGAAUAGAGGACAUCGAUCUGUCUCUUUGCACUUAUGUAUAUUACGCAUAUGUUAAACUUGGUGCAGACGCUUCUGUUGACAAUUUUGAUGCGCAUGCAGAAAAAUAUGGAGGAAUUAAAGAGUUUAACGACCUUCGAAAACAGCACAAUAAUUUAACACUCAUAGGAAGAAUGGGGGGCAUAAACGUUGUUAAUAAUAAAUUACUCACUGAUAUGCCUUUGCGUGAAAAACUGGUAAAUAAUGUUUACGAGUACGUGAAAAAAUACGGAUUAAGUGGUAUGGACAUCGACCAUUCAAAUCUACCUCGAAGUGCCAGAAAUCCCUCUGAUAAGGAAAAUUUCGUUUUAUUUUUGAAGGCACUCAAGAAAAGAUUCGAUAAAGAACGACUCAUUUUAUCUGUAUCAGUUACUUCUAAUGUAGAGACUGCUGAUAUAUUAUAUGAUAUGAAAGAAAUAUCCAAAUGCAUUAACUUCAUAAAUUUAAUGACAAUCAAUUUUCACUCAAACGAGAAUUAUGAAAAGCCAACUGGUGUUGGCCAUUUUAGUGCAAUGUAUCAGUCACGAAAGGAAAAUGCGGAGCAUCGCAAGCGAAACAUUGAUAACGUUGUGAAAUACUAUAUUGGCAAAGGUGCUCCAGCAAACAAGUUAAUACUGGGAACUGCCUAUACGACAGUAUCCUAUACUUUGGCUAACCCAAAAAAAUUUGGUAGAGGUGCACCAUUCACUAAAAAAGGAAAAUAUAAUGGUUUUAUUACACAUUUACAAUUAUGUAACUUGGUGAAAAAAUGGACUUAUUUUUUCGAUCCUGAACAGAAAGUACCCUAUAUUCACCAGGGAGAUCAAUGUAUUGCCUAUGAGGAUGUUCGGUCAAUUAAAUUGAAGGCUGAAUAUGUUCAGGACAAGCAUCUUGCAGGUGCCAUGGUGCUUGAGAUUGGCGAUGAUGAUUUCAGUGGAGAGUGUGGAGAGAAGUUUUCACUUCUAAAGACUUUAAACCAAAUGCUAAAGUUCAUACUUUUUCUCGGAAUAUGCUCAGCUUUUGCUUCAGGCCGUAAGCUGCCAGAAGCUGAUAAACAGUGUGAGCAAAUUGUUGGCUGCUACUAUGCAGGAGGAACGAUGGAUGCUAUUUAUGGGUCCCUUUGCACCCACAUGUUUUACAGUUACGUUGGAAUUGGUAAAGACGCUACUGUUAAAAUUAUCGAUCCAUAUGCUGAUAUAGAAAAAACUGGAUUCAAAAGGUUUAACGAUCUUCGAAAAAAGAGUCCUAAUUUAAAAACCUUAGCUUCGUUGGGAGAUAGAGAUGAUAAAUUAAUGGGUAUCACUGACAAUGAUUCACCUUAUCGAGUAUUUACUAAUCCGAAUCUACGAGAAAACCUUGUGAAUAACAUUUUCACCUUCGUGAAAAAAUACGGAUUCAGUGGAAUAGAUCUUGAUUUGACAAAUCGUCCUCAAAGUGGUGGAAAUCCUUCUGAUAAGGAAAAUUUAGUUUUAUCCUUAAAGGCAGUGAAAGAAAAAUUCGAGAAGGAAGGACUCAUUUUAUCUGUGUUAGUUGAUCCUAAUGAAGCGACUGCUAAGAGAUUUUACGAUAUCAAAGGAAUAUCCACAUAUGUGAACUUCAUAAAUCUAAAAACUUUUGAUUUUCACGAAAUCUCUAAUGGAAACAUGAAAGUUGGCCACAUUUCUCCACUGUAUCCUUCAUCGAAGGAAAAUGCUGAAGACCGGAAGAAGAACAUUGAUUAUGUUGUAAAAUACUGGAUUUCGGAAUUAGCUACACCAGAAAAGUUAAUAUUAGGAACUUUUGCGUAUGGAAAAUCUUUUACUUUGGCUGACCCAAAACAAAUUGGAAUAGGCGCACCAUUGUCCGCUGUAGGAUCAUACAAAAGUUCACCAAGGGAUACCAAAGAAUAUUUGCUUCAAGAAUAUUAUAACAUAUGUCCUUUGUUAAAAUACCCAGAAUGGAAGCGGAUCUACGAUAAAGAACAGCAAGUACCAUACAUCUACUGCGGCAAGGAAAUUAUUGCCUAUGAUGAUGCUGAUUCUAUAAAAACGAAAGCUGUGUAUGCUAAGAAUAUGAAACUUGGCGGUGCUAUGAUUUGGUCUGUGGAUGAAGAUGAUUUCAGUGGAGUAUGUGGAGAAAAAUUCCCACUUCUGAAUACAUUAAACCGAGUCCUUAGAAGUAAAUUUUGA